CCUUGGUUCACAUUCACAGUCGUUUUCGUCUUUUUUUUUUUGUUUUUUUGUUUUUUUGAAUGAUUGAAUUUUAUUUUGUUUUUAGGGGAAGGCAGUAGAUUAUUUGAUUAUCUGUUUAUUUGCAGAUUAAUUACAUUAAAAUGUUUCCAAAUCAACUGUAAAAAGUCGAAAAGCGCAAGAAACGCUUCCCGGAAUUUAAUGGUGGCAGAUCAGUUUCCAUCCGCUGUUUCACUGACUCUCUUCGCUUCCAUUUAGUGCAACAAAGCGAUCCCUGAUUCAAUCCACCGCUUUUUCUGAGUUUGGACCUUUGUUUUCAAGUGUUUUCAGGAUUCUCAAUUCACACUAGAAAUAUCAAGAACUGUAACUUUCAAAUAUAUUUGAUUCCCAUCUCAUGAGCGAGGCUGUUGCUGUUCUUGCGAUGGCAAUUGAUAUAUCAUCUCUUUGCAAUACUGUUGGCUGGAAUUGAAGGAGGAAAAACCAAAAGACAAUGGAAGAAUCACAGGGGGAUUUUCUUCCAUCUGACGUUCCUGAAUCUACAUCUUCCAAUAACUGUGAAAGGAAUACUUCAAGUGCACAUUCGAAUCGUUGGUCUGGCUUUCCAGGUGUGAAGAAGAGAGGACACAGCAGUCGCUCAUGGAUAAAGAUUGACCAAGAUGGGAAUGUGAAGAUUUUGGAACUUGAUAAAGCUAAAAUAAUGAGACAGUGUUCUUUGCCAUCCAGGGACCUAAGGCUUUUGGACCCUUUGUUUAUUUAUCCUUCAACAAUACUAGGAAGGGAGAAGGCUAUUGUGGUCAGUCUUGAGCAAAUAAGAUGCAUAAUCACAGCUGAGGAGGUUAUCUUGAUGAACUCUUUGGACAUAAAUGUUGUCCAAUAUAAGUCUGAAUUAUGCAAGCGUCUUCAGGCAAAGAAAGACCAAUCUGAUGACCUGCCAUUUGAAUUUAGGGCUCUGGAACUGGCAUUGGAACUAACUUGCAUGUCACUUGAUGUAAAGGUGAAAGAACUGGAAAUGGAGAUAUAUCCAGUGCUAGAUGAACUAGCAUCAUCCAUUAAUACUCUUAACCUGGAGCGUGUUCGAAGGUUAAAAGGUCACCUCCUUACAUUAACCCAGCGAGUUCAGAAGGUUCGAGAUGAAUUAGAGCAUCUUAUGGAUGAUGAUGGUGACAUGGCUGAGAUGUACCUCACAGAGAAAAAACUAAGGUCAGAGGGCAACACCCCCCAUGAAAUAAAUCCUCUAACUAAUUUUUCUGGUGGGACCAGACAAGUUUCAAAAUCUGCUCCUGUUUCACCAAUAGCAUCGACCAGUGGAGCUCCAAGAUUGCAAAGGGCAUUUAGCAGUAUCGUGACUGCAAGUAAACAAGGAAGCUUAACUAGUUCACACGGUGGGGAUAAUAUUGAGCAACUUGAAAUGUUACUCGAGGCAUACUUUGUUGUCAUUGAUCAUACUCUUAGCAAGUUGUUAUCGCUGAAAGAGUACAUUGAUGACACUGAAGAUCUGAUCAACAUUAAAUUGGGCAAUGUCCAGAACCAUCUGAUUCAAUUUGAGUUACUUCUCACUGCGGCGACUUUUGUAGCCACAUUAUUCGCUGCUGUAGCAGGUGUGUUUGGAAUGAACUUUGCAGCUUCGAUUUUUGACUACCCGUCUGCAUUUAGUUGGGUUCUCAUUAUAACAGGUGCUGGAUGUGGGUUAUUGUACUUUUCUUUCUUGUUGUAUUUCAAGUACAAGAAAAUAUUCCCAUUGUAAGCUCGAGUUUCAAGAUGAAAACUACUAUUAUUCUUAUGUCGACGUUGUUAGAAUAUAUAUUGCAUUUGCAGUGCUUCGACAAA